UCCAUCUCCAAGGGGCACGCCUUCAUCCUGGUGUACUCCAUCACCAGCCGGCAGUCCCUGGAGGAGCUCAAGCCCAUCUACGAGCAGAUCUGCGAGAUCAAGGGGGACGUGGAGAGCAUCCCCAUCAUGCUGGUGGGCAACAAGUGCGACGAGAGCCCCAGCCGCGAGGUGCAGAGCGGCGAGGCCGAGGCCCUGGCGCGCUCCUGGAAGUGCGCCUUCAUGGAGACGUCGGCCAAGCUCAACCACAACGUCAAGGAGCUCUUCCAGGAGCUGCUCAACCUGGAGAAGCGCAGGACCGUGAGCCUCCAGAUCGACGGCAAAAAGAGCAAGCAGCAGAAGAGGAAAGAGAAGCUCAAGGGCAAGUGCGUGGUCAUGUGA